AUGGAACAACUGGGCUGAAAUGUAAUUAUACCCAAGUGCCAUACAUUGAGCCCAAUUCCAUAUUUAAUUUGGGUGGCCCAAAUGUUUUAGGGUAAUGGUAUACCCUUACCCAUACGCCAGGUCUGAUAUAAUUCAUUCGCCGGCUUACAUUUACGCAGAAAACAAGAGAGAGAGAGAGAGAGAGGGAGGAGAAUCAAGGUCUACGAGAAGAAGCUGAUAGGUCUACAAGGGCCAUCUGUCUCCGAAUAAAUCUUGUUGUCCGCAGUGAUGGCCGCACAAAGUGUGAACCCUAAAGCGUACCCACUGGCUGAUGCGCAACUCACCAUAACAAUUUUGGAUUUGGUCCAGCAAGCUGCCAACUUCAAGCAGCUCAAAAAGGGUGCUAAUGAAGCGACAAAGACACUAAACAGGGGAAUUUCUGAGUUUGUUGUCAUGGCUGCUGAUGCCGAGCCACUCGAAAUUCUUCUUCACCUUCCAUUAUUAGCCGAAGAUAAGAAUGUUCCCUAUGUGUUUGUUCCCUCCAAACAAGCUCUUGGGCGAGCAUGUGGUGUUACUCGAGCUGUGAUUGCUUGCUCAGUGACAAGCAACGAGGGAAGCCAGUUGAAAACUCAAAUCCAACAACUUAAGGAUGCCAUUGAGAAGCUCCUCAUAUAAAUGGUGGAGUGGAGUGGAGUCUAUUCAGCAUGAUGGGCCUCAUCAACUCUGCACUAAAUUAGGUUCUGAGGCUUUGACUGGCCAUGUUUUUUGGAGUAAUUCUGUUGUUGAUCGUGUGCUUGUUUGUUUUAUGAAUUUCGUUCUUAAGAAGUUAAAGUGCGAUAAGAAUCUUCACUUUUCAUUAGGUAUUCUUCUUGUUUGCCAUUUCGUAUUGGUUGGAUAAUUAAUAUGGUUACAACUCUUCUCCGGUAUCAAUUUUAGUACUCCCUCCGUUUUCAUUUAUAUUGUCUUUUUCAGUUUAUGAUGUUUGAUUUAAAUUAUUUUCAUAUUAUUUUAUAUAAAAAAUAGUCUAGAAUUAA